UGUGUCAAACGUGAUAACUUUAAUGUUUAUAGACAUAACCUUUAACGAAAACAAAGUUAAAAUUUUUGAGUAACCUAGUUUUUGUCCUAUUUGAAAAAAAACUUUUAGAUGACGUUUAAUAAACAUUAAAAAUACAAAUGGAUUGUAUACAUUGCGGUGAACAAUCGAAAUAUAAAUGUCCUAUUUGUCGUCAACCAUAUUGUUCAGUUGCUUGCUGUAAGCUGCACAAAGAGAGUAAAUGUGAGCCACCUAUUCAACAACCUCAAAUUACACAAGAAUAUUCAAAACCAUAUGCGUUUCCAACUGAAAAUACUGUACCGUUAGAAAAAUUGAAGUUAUUGGAACAAUCAAAAGAAUUAAAAAAAUGUCUUGAAAAUCCACAUGUGAGGGAAAUACUAACAUUACUAGACAAAUCUACAUAUCCAGAUGUACUGAUUGAUGAAUACAUGCAAGAACCAAUAUUUACAGAAUUUGUUGAUGCAUGCUUGAAAGUUGUCCAAACAGAAGAAUAAAAAUUUAAUACUCA